UGAAAACGUCCCUGCUCUAAUUGCCAUGAACGAUGAUUGGCACGAUGAAAUCUACGUCUGUGGUCCCUACAGUCCCAUGUCACUCCUACGGUCGGAACUUGCUCUCAAGGCUGAACGAGAACUUGAUGGCACUGCGGAAACUACAAAGCAGCAACAUGUGGAUGAAACAAGCAUUGACCACGAUGCUCCGCACUCGGAGCGGUCUUAUCUAGAAUUGCUCAUCUUUGCUCCCACGGACGAUUCAAUCAACAGUUGCCCCAAAAUCUCAUCUUUCGAUUGCAUCAAGACUGUAAACACAACGAACUACAUGUACAUCUUGACCACGUAGUCAGGACAGAAGCGGCUCAUCCCAAGAUGGGAACAAAAGAGCAGCCGGGCCUCAUAUCUUACUUUCAGAUGCCCUGCUGGAGGUGGACCGACCCGAAGCUUGGACUUUGGUGGAAUUCAGAGGUUCCUCAAAGAUGCAGAGAUAGCUGACAAGAACCCGCAACCUAAAGGACAAGCUUUUGGAGCCUACUUGGCCGCACAAACCAAUUAUUCCAUCCCUAUUAAACUCAGAACGAGGUCGAGGGAGAGGAGCUGUGAGAACUUGCUUUGUCACAUCUCAUGAUCGCCUUGUAUAAAACCUGUGGACUUUGUUCAUAUUCACGACGACACAAACCAGAGAGUGGACUUCAGAGGCUGCACUAUUACCCAGACCUACCGGUACCGGUAUGGUUGGUACACUGUGUACGUUGAACGGAAUACUUUCUGAUUAUUUCUGAGCUUCUGUUUUAAAAUAAACUAGCUAGACUUUUGAAUGGCGACUACCCAUGCAGCCAUGCAGCAAGCAUAAAAAGUGAGCAGGUGCCAAGGCUGG